CCUGGCGACAAGAAAAUGCCGAGCUCUUUUACUGGGGGGCGGGGGAGACGACACUGCGGUCCUAGUGCUGCUCAGUACGACCCAGAACCUAGCCCUGUGGUGUGUCCCCCGAGGGCGCAGCGCGGGGCCCUCGGGGUCGAGGCCGCAGGCGGCGAGCUGGGGCCCCGAAGGCCCGGGCUGAGCUCACCCCUCGGUUCCCGCGUCCGCGGCCCUGAGCGCACGGUGCUCGGAACUCGGAGGUGUCCGCGACUCCGGCAGCACCGGCCCGGGAGGGUGCGAACCAGAGGCGUUCCGAUCCGCGGAGUCCCAGCCUGGAACGUUCGGACCCUCGGAUUCCGGCCUCGAGCGUUCGGACCCUCGGGUUCCGGCCCCCGCGGCGCUGAGAGCCCGGAGCGCCAGGGCGCGCCAGCCGCGGGAUCCGAGCCGCGGACGGCGGGCGGGACAGCUCCCCCGCUCCGCCCGUGGGGAGCGCUCGCCCCUCCAGGAAGCGCCCGCCUCGCCUCCCCACCCCCGCCCCCUCUCGGCCAGAGGGAGGAGCCCGAGCCGCCGCCGCCGCCGCCCGCCCGCCCGGGAGGAGCACUGGACCCCAGGCGGCUGGGAGCGCACGCGAGCUGGCCAGGGCCGCGCGGGCAGCGACCUGAGCCCGUCCCGCGCCCGCGGGCCCCGCCAAGCAGAGGAGCGCCCCGGGAUGCCCCGGCGGCCCGGAGCGCGGGCAGCGGCAGCGGCAGCGGCGACCACGCCGUGAGGGCGGCGGCGCCCGCGGGACCCGUGUACGACAGGACAGAAACUGCCGUCAACAACCUCAAUCCCGCGUUCUCCAAGAAGUUCGUCCUCGACUACCACUUUGAGGAGGUGCAGAAGCUCAAGUUCGCCCUGUUUGACCAGGACAAGUCCAGCAUACAACUCGAUGAGCAUGAUUUCCUGGGCCAGUUCUCCUGCAGCCUGGGCACGAUCGUCUCCAGCAAGAAGAUCACUCGGCCUCUGCUGCUGAUGAAUGACAAGCCUGCAGGGAAGGGCCUGAUUACGAUUGCUGCCCAGGAGCUGUCAGACAACCAGGUCAUCACGCUGAGUCUGGCGGGCAGGAAGCUGGACAAAAAGGACCUCUUUGGAAAGUCAGACCCAUUUCUUGAGUUUUAUAAACCGGGAGAUGAUGGCAAGUGGAUGCUGGUUCACAGGACUGAGGUGAUCAAGUACACGCUGGACCCUGUGUGGAAACCAUUCACUGUGCCAUUGGUGUCCCUGUGUGAUGGGGACAUGGAGAAGCCCAUCCAGGUCAUGUGCUACGACUAUGACAACGACGGAGGCCAUGACUUCAUCGGCGAGUUCCAGACCUCAGUGUCGCAGAUGUGUGAGGCUCGUGAUGGUGUCCCGCUGGAGUUCGAGUGCAUCAACCCCAAGAAGCAAAGGAAGAAAAAGAACUAUAAGAACUCGGGCAUCAUUAUCUUGCGUUCCUGCAAGAUAAACCGGGACUACUCCUUCCUGGACUACAUCCUGGGAGGCUGCCAGCUCAUGUUCACGGUUGGGAUAGACUUCACAGCCUCCAAUGGGAAUCCCCUGGACCCUUCCUCUUUGCACUAUAUCAACCCCAUGGGCACCAACGAAUAUCUGUCAGCCAUCUGGGCUGUCGGGCAGAUCAUUCAGGACUAUGACAGUGAUAAGAUGUUUCCGGCUCUGGGCUUCGGGGCCCAGUUACCCCCAGACUGGAAGGUCUCCCAUGAGUUUGCCAUCAACUUCAACCCUACCAACCCCUUCUGCUCGGGUGUCGAUGGCAUCGCCCAGGCAUACUCGGCCUGCCUGCCCCACAUCCGCUUCUACGGCCCCACCAACUUCUCACCCAUCGUCAACCACGUGGCUCGGUUUGCAGCCCAGGCCACACAGCAGCAGACAGCCACGCAAUACUUCAUCCUCCUCAUCAUCACGGACGGUGUCAUCAGUGACAUGGAGGAGACGCGCCAUGCCGUGGUGCAGGCUUCCAAGCUGCCCAUGUCCAUCAUCAUCGUGGGCGUGGGCAAUGCCGACUUCGCUGCCAUGGAGUUCCUAGACGGGGACAGCCGCACACUGCGCUCCCACACGGGGGAGGAGGCCGCCCGCGAUAUCGUGCAGUUCGUGCCCUUCCGAGAGUUCCGCAACGCGGCAAAAGAGACGUUGGCCAAAGCUGUGCUGGCGGAACUACCCCAACAAGUUGUGCAGUAUUUCAAGCAUAAAAACCUGCCCCCCACCAACUCGGAGCCUGCCUGAGCGCCAGCCCGUGCCCAGCCGCAGCAUGCCGGCUGGGCCUCCCGCCCUCUCCAGGAACGUGCACGCUCACCCUGCUUCCAUGUGGGUGGCUUUUUUAACCGAUCCAUUUUUUUUUUUUUACAACCGGACCUCCACCCCCAACUUCCCCCAGCCCAGCUGGGCUUCCUUUGUUGGAGUCGACUGAUGAUGCUUCCGGGCCAAACUGGCUUCCUCCCUACCCUUAAGUAUUGAAUGUACUUUGUAUAAUUUUAGUGGAAUUACUGUUAUUAAAGAGAAAAUUUUUACAAUCAUAACUGGCUUUUUCCAAGUAACUAGCUGCAGACUCUGAAAGGAAUGUGUCCCCAGUGCAUACUUUGUGUCAUUGCCUGCACCUAAUUCCUGCUCUGUUUUUUUAUACUGUGACUGUGUUCUAUUUGUAAUACUCAGGGUAAUAAAGGAGUUUCAGAUGUU